AUGGCGGGGGCUGGACGUCUCCCCAGGAGCAGGGGGCGUACCUGGGCACAGGGAGGGGCACAUUCUGGGGGCCGCGGGGGGGGGGGCUCCUCCUCUGGGCCGGGAGCUGGAGCUCACCGGGGCGCUCUCCAGGCAGGGGCCCGACGGCAGCAGCGGACAGACGACAGCCCCAGGCGGGCCGGAGCCGGGGGGUGCCGUGUCCCGGGAGUCCCUCCCUUCUCUGGCCACCGGGCCGCACUGCCCUCCUUGGGCCCAGGAGAGCUCGUAGCCCUCCGAGCCGGACGGCGCGUGUCCCGUCUGUGCUCAUCGAACCCUGCGAGGUCCCAUUUCUUAGAUGAGGAAACUGAGGUGUGGGAGGCGGGGGCCAAAGCCCCCUCCUCAGCCCUCACCAGCACGCUGACUCUGCUGCCAUCUUUCCCUCGCCGGGCUGCCCCCGGGGCCCCGUGGCUCAUGCGGGACGCCCUCAGCGAUGCCGUGGAGAGCUCCGACGACGAGUUCUUUGACGCCCGAGAGGACGUGGCAGACGGCAAGAGCGCCAUCCUGAUCGGCAUGAGCCAGUGGAACUCCAAUGACCUCGUGGAGCAGAUGGAGACGAUGGGGAAGCUGGACGAGACUGCAGGAGAUCCGGGGACCUCGCCGUGCACGUCCAGCGCCCUCCAGGAGAAGCAGCGCGAGCUGUACCGAGUCUCUCUGAGAAGACAGAAGUUUCCUGCUCAGGGCAGCAUCGAGAUCCAGGAAGACCCCGAGGCAGCCUCUCAGCAGCGGGCUUGUAGAACCCACGUCCUCCUCCUGGUGCUCCACGGAGGCAACAUCCUGGACACGGGCGGCGGCGACCCGGGCUGCAAGGCGGCCGACAUCCACACCUUCAGCUCCGUGGUGGAGAAGGUGACCCGCGCCCACUUCCCCGCAGCUCUGGGCCGGGUCCUCACCCAGUUUGUGCCCUGCCCGGCCAUCUGCUCCCAGGCCUUCGCUCUCAUUUCCAACCUGAACCCCUACAGCUACGACGAGAACUGGCUGAGCAGCAGCGAGGACCACGUGCCCCUGGCCGCGCUGCCCCUGCUCGCCAUCUCCUCCCCGCAGUACCAGGACGCCGUCGCCACGGUGAUCGCGCGGGCCAACCGAGUCUACAGCGACUUCCUCGCGUCCCCGGACGGGAUCGGCUUCAGCGGGCAGGUGUGCCUCAUCGGGGACUGCGUGGGAGGCAUCCUGGGCUUCGACGCCAUCUGCUACAGCGCCGGCCCGGCGGGGGACAGCCUGAGCGGCAGCAGCCGGCAGGGGAGCGUCAGCAGCACCCAGGACAACCCGAUCCUGUCCGAGGAAGACUGCGGCCUGGCCGACGCCCCGCGCCUCAGUAGGAGCAACGUCGACCUCUCGGGGACCCUGGAGGACGAGGAGCCCAAGGCGGCGCCGCCCCGGAAGCAGAGCGACUCGUCCAGCUACGAGUGCGACGCCAUCAGCCAGCACCACACCUUCUUGUCCAGCAUUCACUCCAGCGUCCUGAAGGACGGGGCCGAGCCCGCCGCCGCGGCCGCCCCGCAGCUCUCCGAGGCCAACACGAGCCGCUUCGACUUCAACGUUUCCGAUUUCUUCCUCUUCGGCUCGCCGCUGGGCUUGGUUCUGGCCAUGCGGAGGACAGUCCUGCCCGGGCUGGAUGGCUUCCAGGUACGGCCCGCCUGCAACCAGGUCUACAGCUUCUUCCACGCGGCUGACCCCUCGGCCUCCCGGCUGGAGCCCCUGCUGGAGAGGAAUUUCCACCUGCUGCCCCCCGUCAGCGUGCCGCGCUACCAGAGGUUCCCGCUGGGCGAUGGGCAGUCUCUGCUUCUAGAGGACACUCUGCAGGCCCACAGCGCCCUGUUCCUGGAGGGCGGCCUGGCUGACAGCCCGGCGUCCCCGGAUGCCCCGGCCCUGGCCCUCCUGCCUCCUGAGGGCCCGAGGCUCGGAAGGAGACUCAGCGUGGGCAGCGCCAACAGCGAGAGCUCUGGGUCCAGUGAGAGCCUCCCGUCGGCCAGCAUGGCCCACAUUACCACCAAGUGGUGGGGAGCCAAGCGGCUGGACUACGAGCUCUACUGUCCUGACGUGCUCACGGCCUUCCCCACCGUGGCCCUCCCCCAUCUCUUCCACGCCAGCUACUGGGAGUCCACGGACGUGGUGGCCUUCAUCCUGAGACAGGUCAUGGGCUACGACAGCGGCGCCGUGAAGGAGAGCGACGGGCUCGACCCCUCGGCCCUGAGCCCGUCCAGCCCCCGAGAGAAGUGGCUGCGCAAGCGGACGCAGGUCAAGCUGAGGAACGUGACGGCCAAUCACCGCGCCAAUGACGUGAUCGCGGCGGAGGACGGCCCGCAGGUCCUGGUGGGGCGCUUCAUGUACGGGCCCCUCGACAUGGUGGCCCUCACCGGAGAGAAGGUGGACAUCCUGGUCAUGGCGGAGCCCUCCUCGGGGCGCUGGCUCUACCUGGACACGGAGAUCACCAACAGCAGUGGGCGCGUCACGUACAGCGUGCCCAGGCCCAAGCGCCUCGGGGUCGGGGUCUACCCCGUCAAGAUGGUGGUCAGGGGCGACCAGACCGCGGCCACCAGCUACCUCACGGUGCUGCCGCGCGGCAUGGAGUGCGUCGUGUUCAGCAUCGACGGCUCCUUCGCCGCCAGCGUCUCCAUCAUGGGCAGCGACCCCAAGGUCAGAGCGGGAGCCGUGGACGUCGUGCGGCACUGGCAGGACCUGGGCUUCCUGAUCCUCUACAUCACCGGGCGGCCGGACCUGCAGAAGCAGCGGGUGGUGUCCUGGCUGGCCCAGCACAACUUUCCGCAAGGCAUGAUCUUCUUCUCCGACGGGCUGGUGCACGACCCCCUGCGGCAGAAGGCCAUCUUCCUGCGGAACCUGGUGCAGGAGUGCUUCAUCAAGGUGAGCGCCGCCUACGGCUCCAUGAAGGACAUCUCGGUGUACAGCGCGCUGGGCCUGCCGCCGUCGCAGAUCUUCAUCGUGGGCCGCCCCAACAAGAAGUACCAGCACCAGUGCCAGUUCCUCAGCGAGGGCUACGCGGCCCACCUGGCUCUGCUCGAGUCCAGCCACCGGGCCCGGCCCAAGAAGAACAACUCUCGCGUGAUCCUGCGCAAAGGCAGCUUCGGCCUCCACUCGCAGCCCGAGUUCCUGAGGAAGAGGAACCACCUGCGCCGGACCAUGUCCGUCCAGCAGCCCGACCCGCCGGCGGCCGCCCCGAAGCCCGAGCGGGCCCAGAGCCAGCCGGAGUCGGACAAGGACCACGAGCGGCCUCCCCCGGCGGGCUGGGCCCGGGGCGGCCCCGCCAAGUUUGAGUCGAUGCCCUGAGGCGGCGAGCUGUGGUCUGGGGCUGCCUCCCCCAGCGGGAGGCCUGCCUGGAGGAGGCGAUGGAGGAGGGGGGUGGCUCAGGGGUUGGUCCGCCUUCUCCCAACACAAGGAGUUUUUCUUCUUUGUUCCCCUCCCUGUGUCUGUCCAGAAACGCCCCCCAGAGAGGCCGUGGCCAGAGCCCUGCACACGGGCGCCAUCCGUGUCCCGUGGCCCUCGGGGGUGUGGGUCGGGAGGGCAUGAAGCCACGGUGGGCACAGGGCAUGUGGCCCUGGGAAGGAGGGGUGUGGCGGCUGGGGGUGCCCCAUCCUCGGGCCCCGGGGCCUCGCCAGAUCCUGGGCAGGGAGACGUGGGCGGCUGGCAGUGCCAGUUCCCAUGGAGAGGCCUUCAGAGGCGCCAUGUCGGUCACCGUCUCGGUCCCCCCUGCCCUCGGGCCGGGGCUGAUGGUGCUGUCCCCGGCCAGGCCCCGUGUGGCGAGCGGCCUGGCUGCCUCCCCGGCCUCAGCUCCCUCAUCUGUAAAACGAGGCCCUCUGACUGCAGAGCCUGGAUCGGCCGGUUCCCGUCAGGACGGGGGCCUCUGAGCUCCCUCCGGCCCCGUUUUCAGGGGUCGGCUCUCUGCUCCCCCUGCCCGUCCUCCGUGGGCCCCCUGCCACGGCUGGUGGUCGGGUGGCUGAGCGCGCGGGGGAGGAGCCCAGGACAGUCAGGGGUGCGAGCGGCCUCCGCCCGCGGCCCUCCCCCAAGGGAGCCUCUCGCUGCCCCUCACUCGGUUUACCCAGCUGCUUUGUGGCCCCGAGCGCAGGAGGCCCAGGCUGCGGCCAGCCUCCCCCUCCCGUCUGACGUCUGGCCGGCUCCAGCUCGGGCCUGCCCGGGCGGGACUUGGGUCGGGGAGGGGCGGCCCAGACCCAGGCCCAGGCGCUUCCUGGGUCCCUUCUUGGAUCCCCAGCUGGGAUGGGGGCUUCCCUCUGGCCCAGCCCUCCGUGGAGGAGCCACCCCGCCUCGGUGUGGUGAGCUCGGUGCGACUCUUGUCUCUCGUCUACCUCUGUGGGCAGCCGUCCGCCCUCCGUCCGUCAGUCAGCCAGCCAACAGACCUUGAUUGAUUGAGCGCUCGCUGCUGACGCCCGCUCGGUGCCCUCCCGCCAGUCCCCGUGGACGCUUGUUGUGGCGGCGCCCCCGGCCCGGCUGCCCUCUGCCCCCGCCUUCUUGACUGGCUCCGCAGGCUUCCUGGCCUGGGCAGCAGCCUUGCCCCCGGUGCCCUUCCCCUUGGGGGCCGGGUCUGGCCGCCGUGGCUCCUGGGCAGACGAGAGGGACUUCUCGAGGUCCCGGGGGCAGGGCCCCCGCUGGCAGGUUUGGUGCCAACCUCAGUGCCAAGGGGUCAGGGGGCGCCGGCGGUCCCUGAGCCUCUCGGCCGGCAGCAAAGCCUUCUGGGCUUAGCUUUUGGAGCAGAGCUUGGGGCGGGCGUGUGGAGUUCGGGUGCCAACGGCCCUCUGGGAGCCGGGCAAAGAGGCCAGAGCUCCCAGCGAGGGGGCCAGCCGGGCCUUCAGCUCUCGGGCUGUGUGUGGGGCUCCCGGAGCUGCCUGUUCCAGGGAAGGGUCUCACUUGAACCUUUUUGUGGGAGAGCCGCCUCCUGCCAGGCAGCACCCAGCGAUUCCGGGCCGGGGGCAGAGGCCGAGGGAGGAGGCCGCUCGCGCAUUUCCAGACGUGCUGAACCUGCCCCCUGGCACACAGCAUCUGCUUUGCCCUUCCUGGCGUCCCGCCUCGUCCCCCCCUCCUCACUCCUGAGACUCUCGGGGUCCCUGGGGCCCGCCCCACCCCCUUCCUCAGAGACCUCAAUCUCCGCAGGUCUCGGGGAGGUGAGCAGCGGGUGACGGGGCCCUGCGGGCACGGGGCAGAGGAAGGCGGCCGCGCCCGCCCAGGGACCCUCCACCAGUGUUUGCCGUCUCGUGAGCUCUGUGUCGUUCCCACUAUCGUUGGUCAGUGCGGUUCCUUUGGCCUUGUACCCGGGGCAGAGGCGGGUGCGAGAGGCUCCCACGGGCUCUCCCGGGGGGGGGGGGGCAGCCUUUGCCUCUCUGGCGUGUCACAAAUAAAAACCUGCCUUGCCUUU